AUGAGCAGCAACGACCUUGUGGUUGAUUCCUGGGAACAACUGGACGAUGAGGAAGGUGAGCAGAAUGGAACCGAAGCUCUGGACAAAGUAUGUUGUUCUAUCUUUUCUUUUUAUUUCGAUUUUUAGUUAAACGCUGCGUUGGAGAACCUCAAGGUCACAAAAACAGCCCUGAAGCCGGCCAAAGAUCCGUUCGCGGAGAAGAAGAAGAAAGCUGAAGUGCCGAAGGCUGUGACGGCAUCGUUGAAGACAUCAGACUUGGGAUCUAGUGGGGAUGAGAAGGAUUCGGAGGGCAAAUACGACGGGCUGAGGCAUAUUGUGAUAGUCAAGGGAAAUCCGGUUGAUGAAGAGUCGUUGAUGCAUCGAAUAACGGCUGAUUUUGGAAGAAAUGUGAGAAUGGAAAAGGUUGAUGAGAAAACAGUGCUAUUGGUUUUCCAUAACACUUUGAAUGGUGAGAUCUUGGAAUGGGAUAGCCAGAUCUGACGUUGGUUGAAAAAAUUUAGGAAAUCAAUGGGUUUGGCACAUUUCAAUUGCUGAUGAUCUCGGAAAUAGACUAUAGAUUGAUCAGAGAAGUUAAAUACGGCUUUUAAAACAGAAUGAAUACCAAAAUCGGCCAUAUUUUAUAUUGUAGUAGACAUGAAUUUGGAUUUUUAUGAUUUUUCUUCCCGAAAUUUUAAUUUAUUACUUUCCCACUUUCUGUAUAACUGUAAUGAUCUAUUUUUGAUCAUUUUAGCGCGUCAUUGCGUCCGCUCCUCCAACAAAUACGCUCCCAUGAAGCUCUAUCUUGUUGAUGAACCAGAGGUGGAUGAGCACGUCAAAUAUUGCCAAAAACACAAAUCCACCCUUCGACCAGUCCAAUCCGAAGUCCGACCAGCCACAAAUGUCAGCGUGAUACGACAGGCCGUCUCCAGACAUCUCAAUGUUCGAGUUCCAGUUUCGGCGGAGCAAAAGAACGCCGAAAAAGAGCAAAUCCGCGAAGCCAAGGAGAGGAAACGCGCUAUCAAGGCGAUAUGGGAGUAA